AGAGGAUAUUGAGAUUGAGAAAGAAAAACAAAUAGAAAGUAAGCAACUGAAAAGGUGUGAUGUCAUUAGAAGAGGAGGCAGGGGAGAAAACUGAGCUGGGGGAGGAAAGUCAGCAGUUUGCUCAGGAAGCAGGAGGGAGAGUGGCCAAAUCUGGUGUCAUGUGGAGCUCAGAGUAUACUUUUUGUACAAAUUAGAUUUGGAGAGUUUGAGCAGGAUUGGAAGAGCACCUCUUGAAAAGAAGAGUAUUUAUAGGAAAUUAUAAAAUCCUGAAUUCAGGGUUUUUUUUCCAAGUGAAAAGAAAACUAAACCAGAACUGUGUGAUUUUGUUGUUUUAUAAUUGGAAAGACUGAACUGUGGAUUUGGGAGACCACUGACUUAGGGAAGUUGACAUGGAAUAUAGAUAGUUGCUGGAAAGAACACUGACAACCUCAAUGCAAAAUGAAGUUCUUUCUGUUGCUUUCAGUAAUUGGGUUCUGCUGGGCUCAGUAUGCCCCACACACCAAAACUGGACGGACAUCUAUUGUCCAUCUGUUUGAGUGGCGCUGGUUUGAUAUUGCUCUUGAAUGUGAGAGAUACUUAGCCCCCAAAGGAUUUGGAGGGGUUCAGAUCUCCCCACCCAAUGAAAAUGUUGUGAUUACUGACCCUUCAAGACCUUGGUGGGAAAGAUACCAACCAGUUAGCUACAAGUUAUGUACAAGAUCAGGAAAUGAAAGUGAAUUCAAAGACAUGGUGACUAGAUGUAACAAUGUUGGUGUCCGCAUUUAUGUGGAUGCUGUAAUUAAUCAUAUGACUGGAAGUGGUGUGAGUGCAGGAACGAGCAGUACUUGUGGAAGUUACUUCAACCCUGGAACUAGGGAUUUCCCAGCAGUCCCAUACUCUGGAUGGGAUUUUAAUGAUGGAAAAUGUAAAACUGGAAAUGGAGAAUUUAAGAGCUAUAAUGUUGCUUAUCAGGUCAGAGAUUGUCGUCUGCUUGGUCUUCUUGAUCUUGCAUUGGAGAAAGAUUAUGUGCGCUCCACAAUUGCUGAAUAUCUAAACCGACUCAUUGACAUUGGUGUAGCAGGGUUCCGAAUUGAUGCUUGUAAGCACAUGUGGCCUGGAGACAUAAAGGCAAUUUUGGAUAAACUGCAUAAUCUAAACACAAGCUGGUUCCCUGAAGGAAGUAGACCUUUCAUUUACCAAGAGGUAAUUGAUCUGGGUGGUGAGACAAUUACAAGCAGUGAGUACUUUGGAAAUGGCCUUGUGACAGAAUUUAAGUAUGGUGCAAAACUAGGCACAGUUCUACGCAAGUGGAGUGGAGAGAAGAUGGCUUACUUAAAGAACUGGGGAGAAGGCUGGGGUUUCAUGCCUUCUGACAGGGCACUUGUCUUUGUUGAUAACCAUGACAAUCAGCGAGGGCAUGGAGCUGGGGGAGCAUCUAUUCUUACAUUCUGGGAUGCUAGACUGUACAAAAUGGGAGUUGGAUUUAUGCUCGCUCAUCCCUAUGGAUUUACACGAGUAAUGUCAAGCUACCAUUGGCCAAGAUAUUUUGAGAAUGGAAAAGAUGUUAAUGAUUGGAUUGGGCCACCAAAUAAUAAUGGAGUAAUUAAAGAAGUUACUAUUAAUCCAGAUACUACUUGUGGCAAUGGCUGGGUCUGUGAACAUCGAUGGCGUCAAAUAAGGAACAUGGUUAUAUUCCGUAAUGUGGUUAAUGGACAGCCUUUUACAAACUGGUGGGAUAAUGGUAGUAACCAAGUAGCUUUUGGAAGAGGAAACAAAGGAUUCAUUGUUUUCAACAAUGAUGACUGGGCAUUAUCUGCAACUUUGCAAACUGGUCUUCCUGCUGGUACAUAUUGUGAUGUUAUUUCUGGAGAUAAAAUUGGUGCCAAUUGUACAGGAAUUGAAAUCAAUGUUUCUUGUGAUGGUAAUGCUUAUUUUUCAAUUAGUAACUCUGCUGAGGAUCCAUUUAUUGCAAUUCAUACUGAAUCUAAAUUAUAAAAUUUAAAUUAAAUAUAUAUAUAUAUACACACACACAGAAAUAAAGUUUCUUUUAUUAUAUAUGUAA